AUGUCGCUGGAUGUGCAACCCAUUAGAAUAGGCUACUAUGACCCAUACGAUGUUUAUGCCAAACUAGGAACAGACUUGAAAUCAAAAGUCAACUUGACAAAUCUGCAUUGGAGGAAAAGUGAAAAGGAAAGCUUACGUUCAAUUCCUCAAUUACAAACCACAUUCAUUGAAGAAACUCCCAAAAAUUUUGAUAAUAACGCUGAUGGCCCAUCUCUCAAAAUUUCAGACACGUCAAAUGUUGAAGCGCUGGAAAGAACAAUCCGUCUAUUGAACACACCAUAUGUGAGAUUAAUGUUGAUUGAAAGUGAUGAUAUUGACUCUUAUAAGUCCAAAAUACGACCACUUAUAAGAGAAUGGCUUAAAUCAAAUGUUGAUGGUUCAAAUGGUCCUUUAGAUUGGUAUUUGAUAUUCUAUCAUUCAAAUGAUAAUGACAAGAACAGAACGCGUGUUUUCGAGAAACUUAAAGUUGAUUUCAACCCACCUGAACGUGAUAUUGAUCGUUGUAUCAGGCUCAAGGAAAAAUAUACCAAUCAAUUGGAGGAAAAUGAAUCAUGGAAUUUACUCAAUAAUAAACUAAAGUCUUCAAUACUACAUUCUUUUUCAUCUAGAUUACAGCAAUUGAGUGCUGCAGUCAAUACCUUAAAUAAUAAUAAUGGUGAUGAUCCAAGUUCAUCAUCAUCUACAUUUUUAAAAUUAGCAUUAACAGAAGGAUUAUCAAGACAAUUCUUUCAACUUCGUCUUUUCGAAGAUGCUUUGACAGAAUAUGAUUAUUUAUCACAAACCAUAACCCCAUUGGAAAAAAAUAAAGAUCUUUUCCCAGAAGAAACAUUUGAUUUUGCUAAAGAACCUAUAACAAAUCUUUUGAAAUUUGCAUCUAUCCCAUCAUUAUUUGAAACACAGGAUCAAAGUGUAACGUUAUUUAGAUUAAGAUCAUAUGUUUUCUCCAAACAAUUUUUAAUUUUGAAUGCAUUAUCUCAAGCAGCCCCUUCAUUGUCAAUAGCUUCCAUUCAUGUUUCAGAAUUUUUAAGAAGAUUACAUUUAUUCAUACAUGAUAUAUUAAAGCUUUACACUAAAGAUGGUAUCACGGACCCUCAAGUUAGUGAAUGGGCAUAUACAUUGAUUGAUGAAGUUUUACAAUUGGAUUUGUGCUCUAAAAUCAAUACAUUUACAUCAGAUCAAAGUGAUGAAAAUAUAAGUCAAGUAUCUGAACGUUUUGGUGAGUUACUCUUAGUUCAAAGAUCACAAUUUGUGAAACUAGGUACUCUAUUAGGGUUUCAUAUUGGUGAAGUGAUGAAUGAAAUAUCAAUAGAUGAUAACGAUAAUGAACAUAAAGCAUCAUUCACUUUACAACAUCAAGAAUUGAAAACUUUAUUUGAAUCUCAAGAAAUUUUUGAAGAACAUUUUAUCACAAUAACUAGUGAAGCAAUUAGACAUUUUAGUAUCUCUGGUAGACCAAGAGCUGUUGAUGCAUUAUCUAUAGAUAUUGCAUUAGUUGAUUAUCACAAUAAAAAUUAUGAAAAAGCUGUUGAAGUUUUAUCUACAUGUCCUGAAUUUUAUCAAUCACAAGGUUGGGAUUUAAUUAGUAAUAAUCUUCAAGAGAUUUAUGCUGAUUGUCUUGAAAAUUUAAAUGAAGAUGCAGAUUUUUUCCAAUCCCCUAAGAAUGAAGAUGGUGAUGAUCAACAAGCUGUUUCAAUUUCUAAGAAAACUUCAUUAUCAAAGUUAUAUUUAGAUAUAACAUCUUCAUAUAAAUUAAACUCUGGGAGACAAUUAUAUGAACCAAAAAAUGUUAAAUCCAGUUUUGAAAAAAUGGAAAAAAUCAUACCUGAUGAGAAUUUAAUUUAUCCUGCAGAUAAUUUAUUUGAUAUUUCCCCAAAACCAUUUUUAAAAGGAGAUUUUGAUAGAUAUGAAAUUAAUAUUGAUUUCAGAAGUCCAUUUGAAACAGAAUUAAAACUUCAAAAUUCCAGAAUUUUAUUAAAAAAUUCAAAUGAUGAAGUUUUCAAAUUUGAAAAAUCUGAUAUAAUUUUACAAAAAGGUAUAACAACAAUUGAAUUCCAGUCAAACGAUAUAAUAAUAGGUGAAUUUAAAUUUUUUAAAUUUAUUACAAAUUUUAAUAAUUUUACACUUGUUCAUGAAUUUGACGAAAAUGAUGAACAAAAUUCAGAACCUUUCUUAAUUACAUCCCUGGGUAAUUUAUCAUUAAAAAUUGAAAAUCCAACAAAUAUAAAUUUGACAAAGAAAUCAAUUUCAUUAUUUAUAUCAACUCAAUUUGGGUCAGUUGAUUCAACUGAAAUUAGACUUUGGAGUAGAACCGAAGGGUUUGAACCAACAUCUGAUAUUAAAAUUAUGAAUUUACUUGAAGAGUAUGAACUAUCAAAUGAUGAUUCAGAUGAGGGAUAUCAAGUUUCAUUAAAAGAUGAUAAUAAUUCAGAUGAUGUUCUCACAAUACGUACAGGUUAUUUACGUGAUUUCACAGAUUAUGAAAUUAUCAUACCAUAUAUAAAUAAUAGUGCAAGAAAUUCAAAUAUUUUAGAUUUGAAAGCGCAAAUAAGUUUUAUUGAUUGCAACAUGGAAUCAAAAUCUCAAACAGUGACAAAAAUUUUAGAUACUUCAUGCAGUAUAGCAGUUUCUGUUCAAGAUAUUUUCAAAAAAAAUGGAUUAUUUGCUAAAUUUUCCAUUGGUACAGCUGAUAUUGAAUUUCCAAUAAGGAUUUUAUCAUGCUCUUUACAAGGUAAUGAUAAAUAUAAAGUUAGUAGUUCAAUGAAAUCUUCAUCAUUUAUUGCAUUUGGUGAACAACCUGGAAGUUAUUUUUUCAAGAUUGAAAAAAAUGAUGAUGUACAUUAUGAUUCAAAUGAUUUUUUAACAUUAGAUAUAACUUAUAGAGAUUUAAAAAAAGAAUUGAAAGAAAUUUUAUUUGAAAAAUUUAUUGAAGAAUCAAACAGAAUUAAAAGUGGAUGUGACAAUCCUUUAAAUGAAUACAUGACAUUUAUUAAGUUGAUUAUUGAAGGAUUAAAAUUUGAUUUUAAUAGCUAUAUUUUAGAUCAAGAAAUCAAGAUAAUAAAUUUUAAUAAAAUUGAUAAAAAGAUUAUUAAUUCAGUUUCUCCUAACGAGAGAAUUAAAUUUUACAAACUACUUGAAGAAAGGUUGCUUGACUCAAAUUAUUUAAAAAUUGAAAAACCGUUUGAAGAAUAUGUUUAUGUCCAAUGCAAUAAACAUUUAUACAUUGAUGUUCAAAUUCCAUCAGUUCAUGUUAUCCAUACAGUGGAAUUAAAUCUUGAACCCAAAACUCAUUAUAUCAUAGGAGAUUCAAUAGAAACAAAUUUAAAUUUAAAAUCAUUAAUUAAUAAAGUUUCAGAAACUUCUGAUCCAAAUCAAACAUCAAAAAAGAAAGUUCAAUUUCAAACAUCAUCAAUAAAAACAUUCCAAUUAGAAAUUUUAUCAAAUCAAGAUAAUUGGUUAAUUAAUGGUAAAACAAAAUUUAAAUUUAAUAUUUCUGAUAAAGAUUUAGAAAAAAUUAAUGAAUUUCAAUUAUAUUUAAUUCCUUUAAAAAUUGGGAAAUUAGCAUUACCAAAAAUUAAAAUUAUAAAUGAUUCUGAUAAAGAUGAAUAUUUAAUGGAGAUUGAUUAUCAAAAUGAAAAUGAAACAAUUAAUGUUGUUUCUGAUAUGAUUAAUAAGUGA